ACAAAUGCCAUUCAGUAAAGUAAACAACACGUGUGAUAGGCAAAAUGUUUUAUAUUAUUGGUUUGGGACUAGGCGAUCCAAAGGAUGUCACCGUCAAAGGAUUAGAAAUUAUCAAAUCAUGUGAACGCGUCUAUUUGGAAUCGUACACAUCAAUUUUAACAUGUGGUCAAGCUGCGUUGGAGGAAUUUUAUGGACGACCAUUGAUAAUCGCUGACCGUGAACUGGUUGAACAGGGUGCCGAUGAGAUUUUGAAAGAUGCUGCAAAUGUCGAUGUCGCAUUGUUAGUCGUUGGUGAUCCAUUCGGUGCUACAACUCAUACGGACUUCAUCAUUCGAGCCAAAGAGCAAAACAUUAAGUUCCAAGUCGUACAUAAUGCUUCCAUUAUGAAUGCAGUCGGAUGUUGUGGUCUUCAAUUGUACAGUUUUGGCGAAACAAUUUCCAUUCCAUAUUGGAGCGACACCUGGCAACCGGACAGCUUUUACGAUAAGAUCAAAGUGAAUGUGGCCAAUAAUUUUCACACAUUGUGCCUAUUAGAUAUUCGCGUAAAAGAACCCACAUUGGAGUCAUUGACAAGAAAAAAACGAGAAUAUCAACCUCCACGUUUUAUGAGCGUGAGCGAAGCUGCACACCAGCUACUGGAAAUCUUGAAGAAACGACGUGCCGAAGGGAUUUCCGAAUCCGAAUUGGCGUUCACAGAAGAUUCACUGUUCGUUGGAUUGGCACGCGUUGGUCAUGACACACAAGCAAUCAAAGCAUGUUCACUCAAAGAAAUGGCUGAAACUGACUUAGGUCAACCGUUACAUUCACUCAUAUUGCCAGCAAAACAAUUACAUCCACUUGAAGUUGAAUAUUUACAACAAUUUUCGCAAGCCGAAGUUUUGUAAAAAAAAAUUUAAACAAACAUCUGUCAAAAAUGUUGGCUGUUAUGCACGAGAAUAAAGUGCUGCUAAUUUGUAUAAAAUAAAAACAAAA